UUGCUCUAUCAGGACACUUCAGCUCGUCGACAAUUCCACUGAGCACCAACACAUCGACAUGCCUUCGCCAAUGACCAUGAAGCGUAUACACAAGGAGAUAUCGGAUUUAGACAAGGAGCGGAAGGCAGGGAAUCUGGGUGGGAUUACACUUGAACCUUGUAAUCUAGCAUCGGGAGACCUAUUGCAUUGGAAGGCGUCAAUACCAGGUCCCGAAGGGAGUCCGUACGAAGGAGGGACAUUCGACGUAGAUGUGCAUUUGCCGCCUGACUAUCCGUUCAAUGCCCCUAAAGUCACAUUCACCACCAGGAUAUAUCAUAUGAACAUUUCCGAGCGAGGGGCAGUAUGCAUAGACAUUCUGAAGAGCGCGUGGUCACCCGCUCUCUCACUGUUCAAAGUUGUGCUUUCGCUUAGUAGCCUAAUGACGGACCCCAAUCCGCGAGACCCGCUGGUCCCGAGUAUCGCGAACGAGUACACGCGGCAUCGUCCCCAGCAUGACGCCACGGCGCGGCAAUGGACGCAGCUAUAUGCAGUGCGCGCGGAUCCUGCAGCAGCAGCACCGCAACCGGAGUCAACUACACCCUCUGCCGCCAACUCCGCUCCCCGCCCGCGCGGAUCCCGUAGAUCAUCUGCCACUUCUGCGGCCUCCUCGUCCGCAUCAGCGUCGGCCGCUCGCACACGUUCUCAACGGACUCGUGCUACCGUCCUUCUCGAAGAAUCCACCAUCGACUUAACAUCGGAUGAUAGCGAGGGACAUACUAGAGGCGGCAGUCGCGGGAAGGGAAGGGCAAAACGUGAGGCGGAGGUACUUGAUCUGACGGAGGAUGGAGAGAAUGCGGUGGAAGGACAGGCUACAGAGAAAGGGAAGGAGAAAGAGACGGACUCGAGGAAAAGGCAGAGAGUGGAUGGGGAAGCGACAAGCAGUGGAAGUGGUGCUUCGAAGGCACGAGAGGUUAAUGGUGAUACGCAGGGUAAUGGGAACGUGAUUGAGAUCAACGAUUGAUCAUGAGGAGCGUUGUUCUGGCUGAUCUCCCGCGUAGACGGGGGAAGCUGCGAGCACAAUGCAUGUUGUAUACUUCCUGUAUCGAAACCACGCUGGGCGACGCCCACCCUCCACUUGGCGCGUCGGUAGAUGAGAAG